AUGUUGAAUAUGAUUUCUGCGAUCUUGGCGCCUCAUGUGGCGGCCAGCGAGGUGCUUACUCCUGACGCUUACAAGCGUAUUGUUACGUACGCAGUGGCUUGGGCUUUCGGAGGCUUGUUGGAAACAGAAGGGCGGAAGCAGUUCCAUGAGAAGCUACACUCGAUUCAGUCUGCCUGUGGUGACGGCGAUGCGUUGCCACCUCUCGAUGGUGACCAGACGGUAUUCGAGUACGUCCCGAACCGAGAAGACCCCUCGAAGGCAUAUCCUUGGCUGUUGUGGAAACCUGAGGUGUGGAAGCCUCCAAAGAAACUGAACUUCAGCUCUUUGCUGAUCCCGACACUUGAUUCAUGCCGUGCGGAGUUCAUGAUCAAUAUUAUCUCCAAUCUCGAUCGCAGUCGUGCACCUCCCAAUUUCCAGAGUGCACUGAUGGUUGGUGCUAGCGGUACGGCUAAGACAAGCACAGCGAUGAUGUAUGUGCAGGGCUUUUCACUGGACGAGAGACUCUCUAAGAGGAUUAACUUCAGCAGCGCUACGACGCCUGAAGGCUUCCAGCGCACUAUUGAGUCCGAGGUCGAGAGGAAGACCGGAAAGACCUUCUGCCCACCAGGGGGCAAGCCCAUGACGAUCUUCUUGGACGACAUGAGCAUGCCACUGGUGAACCAGUGGGGUGACCAGGUCACUCUUGAGCUUACUAGACAGCUUGUGGACAUGGGUGGCUUCUAUUUCCUCGACAAGGAUAAGCGUGGCGACUUCAAGACGAUCGAGAAGCUCAGCUACAUUGGCGCUAUGGGCCAUCCAGGAGGUGGUAGGAAUGACAUACCUAAUCGAACCAAGAGCAAGUUCUUCGCCUUCAACAUGGUCUUGCCGAGUGUAGUCAGUGUUGACAACAUUUACGGCAGUAUCCUGAGGGCUCGAUUCAAUAGCAAAUCUGGAGCUCCAGAUAAAGUUGUGGCGAUGACCGAGAAGCUUACAGUGGCCACCAUCGAUGUUUGGGACAAGAUCAAAC